GUCUGGGCUACAUAUUUUCGGCGCGUUAUGUUCCAACAUACUUCAUUUAUGAAAGAAUUGCUCUUCUUCUCCAUGCUGUUAUAGCGACUGCACCCGGCUGGAUCUCUGGAGCUUCUUCCUCUAGUUCAGAUGUGAACCCCAGGCGCGUUUGAGUGGCAGUCAGUGAAGCGUCAUUGGCUCUUCAGAGGGGCAGAGCCACGCCAAUCACUCACAGCGCGCUCCGGCAAUAAGAGCCAGUGUGUGAGGCGCGCGCUUAUUCGCGCUCUCUCUACUGUCACCACUGACGCUGGACUCGAUAAAGGAGCCUGUUGUGAUAUUGGCCAUUUAUCGUGCUUGUAGGCCUAUUUAUAAAGUUCGAGCUCUUGUUGACCGGUCGAAGGCACAUUUCCAGUUUUGUAUGCGGAAUAGGCUGAGACAUGAUUUGAAUUCUGUAGCGUUUGGACAUCUCCGGCAGCGCGCGGAGGCGAACACCUCCACUCAUUGGUCUCUGAAGAAUGGAAAAGAGUCUUCUGCCUGGACAAAACGACAUUGUGAUGGCCACCCCACCAGGUUCAUUCCAGCAGGAGCCGCUCACGCCUCCAAGAUCCUCGCUUAAGCCCAACCAAGUUGGGCAGGUCAUCCUCUAUGGGGUGCCUAUUGUCUCGCUGGUGAUUGACAAUCAAGAGCGCUUAUGCCUGGCUCAGAUAUCCAACACCCUGUUAAAGAACUACAGCUACAACGAGAUCCACAACCGUCGAGUGGCUCUGGGCAUCACCUGUGUGCAGUGCACCCCGGUCCAGCUGGAGAUCCUCCGGAGGGCGGGAGCCAUGCCCAUCUCCUCCCGCCGCUGCGGCAUGAUCACCAAACGAGAGGCAGAGCGACUGUGCAAGUCUUUCCUGGGAGAGAACUCACCACCCAAGCUGCCAGACAACUUUGCAUUCGACGUGAUGCAUGAAUGUGCUUGGGGCUGCCGGGGAAGUUUCAUCCCGGCGCGCUACAACAGCUCCCGGGCCAAAUGCAUCAAGUGCUCCUACUGUAAUAUGUACUUCUCCCCUAACAAAUUCAUCUUCCACUCGCACCGCACACCCGAGGCCAAGUACACACAGCCAGACGCCGCCAACUUCAACUCCUGGCGUCGGCACCUUAAACUGUCAGACAAAACGGCAGCGGAGGACCUGUUGUUUGCCUGGGAGGACGUAAAAGCCAUGUUUAAUGGAGGAAGUCGCAAGAGGGCAUUUCCUUCCUCUAACAUGGGCUCGGUCAAGGCUGUGAACUCGGUGCUGCCCCACAUGAUUUCUCCAGAACUGGCUCAGAAGAGAGGCCGGUACGAGGACGACGAUGAGUUGGACGCCAACAGCCUCUCGCCCCGAAAGGCCCCGCGCAGUUACCCGGUCAUCCCGGUACCGAGCAAAGGUUUCGGGAUGUUGCAGAAGUUCCCAACAACGUCGCUAUUCCCAAGCCCGUACACCUUCCCAGCCUUCGGCUUGUGCCCGCAGAAGAAGGACGACAGCGAGGCGACCAACGGACAGAAAAACAGCGGCCUCUCAGGGCUCCUUUGGCCCGGCCGCAAGGACGCUUUUUAUCCUCCCUUUUGCAUGUUUUGGCCCCCGAGGGCAACUGGGGGUAUCCCAGUGCCCACUUACCUCCAACCCCAACCCAAUGCCCUUUCCUCGCUCACAGAGAGCCCGUCCCUCAGACAAGCCUUUUUGGAUCUGUCUGAACAAGGUGAUGCCGGUUCGGGUUUGGAAACGAACCCUAGAUCCGGGCUGUUUGAGAGCGACUGUCCACCAGUGACCUCUGACCUCCGACCCACCCCGGAGGGAUGGCUAAAACUCCUAGACACUCCCUCGCUACAAGCCCGCAAGGCAAGUUACCACUCCGCCUUCCGGCCAGUGGUCAAAGACACAGAAAGCAUUGCCAAGCUCCACAGCAGCCUGGAGGACUUCGGUCCGGAGCGACACCUUUCUCCUGGCACCAGCUGCAGCUACGACAGCGGAGAGAGCGAUGAGGAGCAGGAAGUGGACGUGGAGACCAAACAGGACGAGGAGCAGGAGGACUUCGGCAGCCGAGCGGCGCAGACGCCCCUGCACAUGCACGGACUUCCCGACAACAGCGCGGGGGAACCACAGCAGGCCAAAGAACCGCCCUCCUUCCCGAGCGCUCCCGCCGAGACCUCGGCAGAGGACAAACCCGGCCUCGCUGUCAGUCCGCCCACCAUCCUCAAAGUCCCCAGCCCCGUUCACGGCUCGCUGGAGGAAAGCAGCGCGUACAGAAAUGCUCACAAGAGCAGAGACGAUGGGCUGCCAGCAUAUGCAAGCAAAAACAAAAGCACCAUCUCAGAUGACAACAAAGAGCAGAGCAGCUUUUUCGUCUCAGAGACAGAAACAUCAGCGCCUGAAUACUGGCGUGAGAAUCCAACAGACCAAAGUCAAGACACAAACUCUCCCGUAUCGCUCAAGAAGGAUGUUGAGAACAUGGAAAAAGAGGAACUCCAGAAAGUUCUCCUUGAACAGAUAGAUUUACGGAGGAGACUGGAGCAGGAGUUUCACGCUCUGAAAGGCAGCUCUUCGUUUCCAGUUUUCCAUAACUUUCAGGACCAAAUGAAGAGAGAACUGGCUUACAGGGAAGAAAUGGUGCAGCAGUUACAGAUGAUUCCCUAUGCAAACAUCAUUAGAAAAGAAAAGGUCGGGACACAUCUAAACAAAAGCUAAAUGGUAAACCUUUGAAACUAAAUCAAGCUGCUCUCCACAACUUUUGACACAAAGAGUUUAAAUCAUCCCCAUCUCUCUGAGGAAUCAUCAAGCACAACGAAAGCAGCCUCUUGACCGGAUCAGAAGUUGAACGCCUCAUCGAUGUCCAGCUCUCAAUCAAACCAAAACUGAUAGACAGUACAGUUCAGUGCAUCUACCAAUGAUUUAGAGUUCAUUUGACGUAUUUCCUGUACAGUAACCCCACUUUGAUUAUUUAUGAACUUAUUUAAGUUGAUUUAUUACCCAUGCAUUCACUGGUUUAUUGAUAACAGCACACUGUACAGUGAUAUUAGCGGUAGGGUGUAAAUGUACAUAAGGAGGUUGGCUCUGUAGGCUACUGUGGCUGAGGUCUAAGAGCGAUCUGAAAGCGUGUGAACUUUUUCAUGUUUUGCCUGUUUAAAUACAACAUUGACAUAAACACAAGUUUAAAAAUGUUAUUAUUAACUGUUCCUGCAAAUGUAUUUAAAUAUGUUCUUGUA